AUGAGCAAUAAUAAGAGGAAGCUAAAGCGUAAAGAACCACGGGAGGCGUACAAGUACCCCGAUAUGCCAUGGACAACGUAUGAUGAUAGGGAGGGGGUGAAUAUGACAAGAUACAGCAACAGCGUAGAACUCACCCCUCCCCAUUUAGGCACCGGAUAUACACAAAAGUACAUAAAAAGAGCUUCAUGA